CGGACGCGGGAGCCGCGCUCGCCGCAGCUGCCGCCGCCGUCGCCACCGAGAGAGCGCCCAUCGGGAAGCCGGGGUCGUGAGGAGCCCGAAGGAGCUGAGUGUGCUGCCCAGCGCUGACUGUCAUCCCGCCUCUCUGAGGCCCUUGACACCACAGUGACGACCCCCUCUUGAGACAGAAGGAGAAGAAAGUCCCAACGGCUCCUCAGGUUUUCCAGCAGGCCUUGGUGGCCCAGCAUGGCCCACUGAGGUGAACCAUGACUGGCGGGCCAACACUCAUCACUGACCAUCCAGAGUCACAUCUCUCCAGGAGGUGACCCCUCCUCCAGCCGCCCACCACUCACCCACCCACCAGGAAAGUGCCCAGGCUGCCACGACACCAUGUAGUAGGGCCGGCUGCGGCGCCCAGUGAGCUGCAAUGGUUUUGUACACGACCCCCUUUCCCAAUAGCUGUCUGUCCGCCCUGCACACCGUGUCCUGGGCCCUCAUCUUCCCAUGCUACUGGCUGCUGGACCGGCUUUUGGCCUUGUUCAUACCCGACCCCUGCCAGAAGUACCAGCUGCUCUGCAUCGUGCUCUUCACGCCCGUCUACCUGGGCUUCCUUGUCACCUCACUGCCCUUCGCGUUUCUUGGGUUCCUCCUCUGGUCGCCCCUGCAGUCCGUUCGCAGGCCCUACAUCUACUCCCGGCGGGAGGACAAGAGCCUGGCUGGCGGAGCAGCCCUGCUGAGUGAAUGGAAGGGUACGGGUCCUGGCAAAAGCUUCUGCUUCGCCACCGCCAACGUCUGCCUCCUCCCAGACUCAUUGGCCAGGCACAACAACGUUUUUAACACUCAAGCACGGGCCAAAGAGAUCGGGCACAGAAUCCGCAAUGGGGCCAGCCGGCCUCAGAUCAAAAUCUACAUCGAUUCACCCACCAAUACCUCCAUCAGCGCAGCCAGCUUCAGCAGCCUGGUGUCACCGCAGGGCAGCGAUGGCAUGGCCCGGGCCAUCCCUGGGAGCAUUAAGAGGACAGCCUCUGUGGAAUACAAGGGCAAUGGUGGGCGUCAGCCCAGUGACGAGGCGGCCAACGGCCCGGCCUCUGGGGACCCGGCCGACUGUGGCAGCCUGGAGAAUGCGUGCAUCGUGCGUAUCAGUGGUGACGAGGGGGGCCGGCUCCCUGAAGCUGAUGACUCUGCCGCUGGGGGACAGGCCAGGAAUGGGGCUGGCGGGGGCCCACGAGGCCAGAUGCCCAACCACAGUCAGCGGGAUGGGGACUCAGGGAGCCUGGGCAGCCCCUCUGCCUCCAGGGAGUCCCUGGUGAAGGCCAAAGCAGGGCUGGAUGGCAGCGGCGGGGAGCCAGGUGCCGCCUACAGCAAGGCCCCGCACAAGGCGUCGGUGGUGAAGAAGCCAGCUGCGCGCAAGAGGCGGCACCCAGACGAGGCCUUUGACCACGAGAUCUCGGCCUUCUUCCCUGCCAACCUGGACUUCCUGUGUCUGCAGGAGGUGUUUGACAAGCGGGCGGCCACCAAGUUGAAAGAUCAGCUGCAUGGCUACUUCGAGUACAUCCUAUAUGAUGUCGGGGUCUACGGCUGCCAAGGCUGCUGCUGCUUCAAGGGUUUCAACAGCGGCCUCUUCUUUGCCAGCCGCUACCCCAUCAUGGAUGUGGCCUAUCACUGUUACACCAACGGGAAGGGCUCCGAUAGUCUGGCCUCGAAGGGAGCACUGUUUCUCAAGGUGCAGGUGGGAAGCACACUUCAGGACCAAAGAAUUGUCGGGUACAUCACCUGCACACACCUGCACGCCCUGGAAGAUGACAGUGCCAUCCGCUGUGAGCAGCUGGACAUGCUUCUGGACUGGCUGGCUGAUUUCCGAAAAUCUACCUCCUCGUCCAGCACAGCCAACCCCGAGGAGCUGGUGGCGUUUGACAUCGUCUGUGGAGAUUUGAACUUUGACAACUGCUCCUCUGACGACAAGCUGGAGCAGCAGCACUCCCUGUUUACACGCUUCAAGGACCCUUGCCGCCUGGGGCCCGGGGAGGAGAAGCCAUGGGCAAUUGGUACCAUGCUGGACCAGAAUGGCCUCAACGAUGAGGACGUGAGCACCCCUGACAAUCUGCAAAAGGUCUUGGAGAGCGAGGAAGGCCGCAGGGAGUACCUCGCCUUCCCCACCAGCAAGAGCCCAGGGGCAUACCAGAAGGGACGCAAGGAUGCACUAAAGGGCAACGGCAGACGCCUCGACUACAUGCUGUACGGAGAGGAGGGGCUGUGCCCAGACUGGAAGGCCGAGGUGGAAGAAUUCAGUUUUAUCACCCAGCUGUCCGGCCUGACCGACCACCUCCCAGUGGCCAUGCGGCUGAUGGUGUCCACCGGGGAGGAAGAGGCAUAGACCAGCCGUCACCACAGCAGCCGGGCCUCUGCCAGCCCUUUGAGCCUCCUUGGCCAUGUCCCCUCCUGCAGCGGUGCCAGGGAGGAGGGCAGGAGCCGAGGGGGAGCCAAGGCCAUCCCUGGGUGAGCUGGAACCAACACUGCCCUGUACCUCUGGGCACUCACCACGGACAGAGGAGUCAGGCCAGCCUGGGGAGCCCCAGCUGCCCAACCAGUGCCAUUCUUUCAAACCGUGAUUUUCUACAAAUCUACAGCACAACCUAGUUUGUAACCCGUGGGUUAGUAUGAGAACCGGGUUUCUGUACUCUUUGUAUCUCUUCUCAAGCUUCAUCCAGGGUUCAUUUUUGUCUGCUGCCAUGUUGUCUCGCACGCCUGCACCCUCGCAUGCACGCUGCCCGCAUGCCACGUGCCACGCUGUAGCCACACAGACCCCCUCGCUCGGGCCUCACCCAAGGCCAAACUCCAAACACAAUCAGAACCAGCCAAAGAAGCAUUCCUGGGCACAGGGCCGCCAGCUCACCGCCUCCAACGGACGGCUCACGAGCAGGGGCCGGAGGACUGUGUCCAGUCACCGCGAGCCCGGGCUCUUCCCAGGGUCUUGCGUUAAAGGGCGAUUACAUUUUAAGAACAGAAACAACCCUUCACUUUAGAGGAUCUGCAAGCGGCGAGGAACAAUGCUGCGGCUCCUGAGGCAGGCUCCUUUCCAGGCACCCAGGGCCCCAGAGACUCUUAAGUGGGUUGUGGAGCCAGAGCCAGGAAGCUGAGAGAGCACCACCUUUCUAUAGGAAGAAGGGAACUCACAACACACGGGAGAAGGGGUACUGCUGGUUUUGAAAAUGACAGAUUUGUACCUUUUCUUCUGUCAAAACCAACACCCUCUUCCUGCCUGGUCCUGUCUCCCCUUCAGACACCUCUGGUUCCGGACCAAUCUUUCCCUGGGGACUGUCCCCAUCCACAUGCUGGCUGAGCUCAGGAACUAUCUGCCUGCCUUUGGGUAGAGUUGCAGCUCUGUCCUCCCAGUUCCAUCUUCAAGAGUGACAGGGAGGUGAAGUGGGGGGUUGUGGCUGGAGGAAGGAGCAGGAGGCCAAAGCGCAGAGAGCGGCCUGUCCCCUCACCCUCACCACUGUGCAUACAGGCUGGGGUGGCAAGGCCAAGGGCCACCGCUUGCACAGGGCAGGGAGUGAUACUGAUUAGCAUCCAGGCGCAAAGACACCCGCUCUGCCACCAUGUGACCAGGGCCAGUCCCGGGCACCCAGGCACAGGGUAGCAGAGCCUGCAGGUGAGGCCUACAGCUCCCCACCCCACGGCAGGACUGCCUCUGCCCACCUGCCUUUUAAAAAACACCUGG